UGUCAACAAAAGAGAGACAAUUUAACUGAGCAAAACCAGUUGAAAGAAGAUCCCCCUCCCCUCCCCUUCACCGUCGUCACCUACAUCCCGCUCGACAUCCUCAAGUUCAUCAUCCGCUACGCCCUCAGCGGCAGGGCAUGGAACAACAUCAACAACAAGGCAAGCACCCAUCCCCAUCCCUCCUCCAUUAGCCACCUCCAUUUGUAAACUCCAUUGGAGUUCAUCUCAUGUUUGUCCAUGGAAUGUCGCAGACGGCCUUCACCAACAAGAACGACUACGGCAAGCUGGAGAGGAAGGCGCAGUGGGCGACGGCACAGAGGACGCUGCACGGCCUCAACCAGGGCAGCAGCAACUCGGAAAUGUUCACCGACAAUAACGGCUACCGCGAGCUCUCGGAGAUCGCCGAGCAGUCCGCCAAGCGGGCGGAGGUGGCCAGGCUCAGGGAACUGCACACGCUCAAGGGCCACGUCGAGUCGGUCGUCAAGCUCAAGGGGCUCGACAUCGAGACAAUAAACCAGAGCUACACGGUAUGAUCGUCGACGAACCUCCUCCUCGUCGUCGGCGAUAGGCAGGGCAGCGAUAUCUACACCUCUAAGUUCUUUUGUCCCCCUCUGCCUCCUGUCGAGUCUCGCCGGGAGGCUGGAGCGGGGAAGAUUGGUUCAGAUUCUCAGGGUUGGUUUUUUUCUUUGACCUAGAUGUUAAGAAGUUGGUUUCAUUUGUAUUUUUCAGUGGGGAAGGGGAAGAAGAGUGCCCUCUCUUCAGUAUGUAUAGGAGUACGGUUUUGAGUUUAUG